AUGGGUUCUACUUUGUUGGAAGACUUGGAGAAAGAAGCUUGCACCCCUCCAAGCAGAAGUUUCAUGGACUACCCAGGGAGACCCGAAACAUUUCAAAGAAGGGUACCUGCACUGAACUAUGAUGCAGAGAGUGAAACUUUAUCCAGAGCAGGAUCAAUGCUAUCUGAAAUUAUCACCGCGAGGGAUGGACUGAAGGAAAACAGCUCUGUUGCUGGUGAUACAGAAUUUGUUGCUGGCAUAGGUGAAUUUGUCGCGGAGCUAAAAGAAAUGGCUCAGGUACAGUAUCAGAAGCAACAUGGUGAUCAGGGUGAUAAUGGAGAAUUGGCUGAAGGGACCAUAAGGAGCGUGGGGCUGGAUCCCAUUAUGGAUGCCCUGCAAUCACCUUCGCACUGGCCAUUGGAAUUUGAGAAGAAACAGCAAGAGAUCAUUGACCUGUGGCAUGGAUGCAACGUUUCCUUGGUCCACAGGACUUACUUUUUCCUGUUGUUCAAAGGAGACCCAGCCGACGCCAUUUACAUGGAAGUGGAGCUUAGGAGGCUAUCAUUUCUCAAAAAUACAUACUCCAACGGAAGCAUGGGGCGUAACGUGGUAGCAGGCACCGUGAGCACUUCUCUGGUUUCAAGUGCAAAGAAGCUGCAACGUGAGAGGGAGAUGCUCUGCAGGCAAAUGCAGAAGCUGCUGACGAUCCAGGAACGGGAGAGCUUGUACACCAAGUGGGAAGUCUCGCUGUCCUCCAAGAGGAGGCGGCUGCAGGUCGCUCGGCGCCUUUGGACGGAGACCAAGAACCUGGAGCAUGUGAGGGAGAGCGCGUCCCUCGUGGCCAGACUGAUCGGGCUCCUGGAGCCUGGGAAGGCGCUGAGGGAGAUGUUUGGUCUGAGCUUCGCGCCGCAGCAGUUCACCCGGAGAUCGCACUAUAGUUGGCGAUAUGGCCGUUCUUCUCUAGACUGA